UUAUUACCAAAAUCGGGUGUAGAAAUACCUGAUCCCAUUAUAUCACGGAUUGAGAACUUACGCUGCCACUUAAAAAGAAACUUUGAGCACCAUUUGAGAGUUGAGUUAGAUGGAAAAAUGUUACAUAAUAACUGCAUCGAUUACUGUUUGCUGUUUGCUUUUGGAGAAUGUUCAAAUACACAUGAUUUGCGCUGUCAAGAUU